GUGUCUUUAUGCGUGUCAAUGCUAAUAGUAGCAUUGAAAAAUGCUUGUGGACAAGAUGUCAGAAACGAAUAACAAUGAUUUGAAUAUAGCGAAAGUACCUUUUGAAACAGCGCUCGACAAAGCUAACUUCGGUCCGUACAGCUACAUGCUAACUGUCCUGACGGGGGUCUCCAUCAUAUCGUACGCGUGCAUGGUCUACAGCAGCACCAUCAUCGUGCCCACCAGCGCGUGUGAGCUGGGCACCACACACUCGCAGCAGGGGCUGUUGGUGGCUGGACCUCUUGUGGGAGCCAUUUUAGGUGCUAUACUGUGGGGCUACCUAGCGGACAGACAUGGACGUCGCAGCAUGCUGCUCGUGUCCUUCCUAUCAGCGGCUGUAGUCAAUUCCGUCGCCAGCCUAUCAGUUAAUUGGAUCAUGCUGAUAGUGUUACAGUUCUUAGUGGCCCUAUUAGCAUCAGGGCAAUACAGUCUGGCAAUGACACUGUUGAGUGAGUGCGUGCCAAUGGCUCGCCGCAAUCUAGUGGUUUUGAUCGUAGCCAGCAUUUUCCUCCUUGCACAAGGCGUCAUGGCACUUCUAGCGAUACCAAUAAUUCCACUGGAGUUCUCCUACCACCUACCUUCUCUGGGCAUCUAUUGGAAUCCGUGGCGGACCGUGCUGCUGGUUUACUCCCUGCCUAGCCUCAUAUGCCUGCUGGGCGUGUACUUCAUGAUGGAGAGCCCAAAGUUCGUCUACGCAAAAGGCGAUGAAGAACGAUCCUUAGACAUCUUGAAGUACAUACAUAAAGUUAACAGUGGUAGAAAUUCCAAAGAAGAAUAUCAGGUUAAAGGCCUUCUGGCAGAUACAACGAUCGCUCAAGACGAUGGAAAAUCAUUACAUUCAGUAGCAGAGUUGUUGAAGGCACCGCUCCUGAAAUAUUUGAUCAUCAUGUCAACGCUCUCCGUGUUUCAACAAGUGGGAGCGUUCACGUUAUGGUUACCGACCAUCGCUAAUCAAUUUGUGAACAUCGUGAAGACUGGAGAAGGCAGGAACUACACCCUGUGCCAAAUCCUGGUGGCCGGCAAAAAUGCUUCACGUCAUUCUACCUUACCUGCGUGUGCGCUGAACGAAACGGCCCUGCUGAUAGUGUUUGGAAUGGGCUGUAUUCAAUCUCUGUGCAACAUCUUCCUCAGUAUGGUGGUAAACUACGGCGGGCGUCGCAACACAGUGAUGGUGCUGGCAUCUGUCAGCGGUGUCAGCGGCAUCCUGGUCAACCUGGUGCCGGACGCGGUCGGCAGCGCAGUCUUCUUCGUCAUCUUCCUCAUGGGGUUAUUACUACUCGGACUCUACACUGCCAUUUCUGUCGCCCUGUUUCCGACGCAUCUGAGGGCUCUAGCAGUAUCCCUGACUAUGACGGGAGGUCGUGUGGUGUUGUUCGCCGUCGUUCAGAUCCUGAAUUUCCUUCUCAAACACAACUGCGAUCUUGGAUUCUACAUCUUUGCAUCCAUCAUUGCCGCGUCAGCGGUCGUGGUAUCCUUCUUACCAGAUGAUCGUCGUAAGCAGCUGACACCUCCAAAAAAAGCUACUAAAGCAGUUCAAACAACACAAAACCUUGAUACCACAGAGAAAAAUAUACAAAAACGAUGAUAUGAGAUGAUAAAAUAGUAGUAAUUAUUGUAAUCACUACAUAAUCAUAAAUCAUAAACAACCUAUAUACGUCCCACUGCUGGGCAAAGGCCUCCCCUCAAUCAACCGGAGGGGGUAUGGAGUAUACUCCACGCUGCUCCACUGCGGCUAGGUGGAGGUGUUUUUACGGCUAAUAGCCAACAGCUUAACGUGCCCUCCGAAGCACGGAAUCAUCUUACUUUUUCAGACAAUCAGGUGAUUCAAGCCUCAAAAGUCCUUAUCAAACAAAGGACAGUCUCACAAAGUGAUUUCGACAAAGUCCCCAUCGGGAAUCGAACCAGGACCUCCAGAUCGUGAGCCAAGUAAAUGAAAAAAAAAAAAAAUGAAAAUAUGAUGAU